AUGGGAGAAGCGGUGAAGCGCGGCGGUGAGCGAGGAGAGCGGCGGGCGCAGCGCGCAUGCGCAAGGACGGGAAGCCCUGAGUGCCCCGCGGCGGGGAAGAUGGCGGCGAGCAGCGGAGCUGAGGCCGGUAACGCGGCUACGACCGCACCACCGGGACCGGUAUCGUUCGGGUUCAGCCGAAAGGCGGAGAGGCGGCGGGUGCUGGUUGCCGGACCGUGCGCGGAGCCCAGCGGGGGCACCGGCGACACCGAUUUCCUCACGGCGGUAGAGGACCGGGAGCUGCUGAGCGCCCGCCCGGCCCCGCCCCCUCAGCAGGACCUGAUCAUCCCGCUGAUCCCUUCCCACCGCUGGAGGAACCCCGAACCCCCGCGCUCAGGCUUAGACCACGCCCCUUCCGCAAGCCCCGCCCACGGUGACCACACCCCCGCCUCAAGCUCCGCCCCCUCGGGGAUUCCCCCCCUCCCUUCCCAGACCGAAGACCCCAGCUCCGCAGUGGAAGCCCAAGCGGUUCGGGAGCUGCUGCAGGAGGCGCGGCAGAACCGGGAGCCGGCGAAGGGAACCCCCCCCCCCGCCAUCGCCAUCCCCCUCCGCCCGCAGGACCGGGAUGUCCCCCCGCGCCCGCAGCCCGGUCCCCAGGACUACGAGGCGGUGCCGGUGGAGGCCUUCGGGCUGGCCAUGCUGCGGGGCAUGGGCUGGAGCCAGGGCGAAGGCAUCGGGCGCACCUUCAAACGGGUGGUGAAGCCGCUGGAGCACCGGCUGCGCCCCCGCGGGUUGGGGUUAGGGGCCGAACCGGCCCCCCCCGGCCCCCCCAAACCCGGGCAACCCCCCCGGGGGGGCGAGGAACCCGGUGGCGGGGGGCUGGCGGUGGGGGCCGUCGUCCGGAUCGAAACCGGACCCCACCGGGACAUGUACGGGAAGGUGGAGGGGCUGGACCCCGAGACCGCCCGGGUGACAGUGCGCCUGACGCUGGGGGGGCAGGCGGUGACCGUCAGCCAGUACAGCCUGCGGCCGGGCACCCCCCCGGGCAGCGCUCACCCCAGCAGGAACCCCAAGGUGAAGGGAACCGAGGCGGCUCCGGAUGUCGGGGGACCCCCCCAGCAGGGGGGGGGGGGCAAGAGGAAGCAGCCCCCCGAAACAGAGAGGGUGACGAAGCAGAUUCGGGGGGCCCCCCCCGGCCCCCCCCACUGGCUGCGGAGGGAUCUGCGGGUGCGCUGCGUGGACAGGGGGUUCCAGGCCGGCCGCUACUACAACUGCAAGAUGGUGGUGGAGGACAUGGUCUCCCCGGAUACCUGCGUUUGCCGGACGGACGAGGGGCGUCUGGUGGAGGGCCUGAGGGAAGCCAUGUUGGAGACCGUCAUCCCCCGAGGAGAAGCCGAUCGCGUCAUGGUGGUGCUGGGGGAGCACGCCGGGAGGGUGGGCCGGAUCCUGGAGCGGGAGCCGGGCCGGAGCCGGGCGCUGGUGCAGCUGGAGCGGGACGAGGCCGGGCGGGUGGUGACGCUGGACUACGACGCCAUCUGCCAUUACCUGGGGGGGCACGACGACGAUUGAGGACACACCCCCCCCCCCCGCACCCCAAAACCUGCCUGCCAGUUUCCAACAUGGCGGCCUGAAACCACCUGCCAGCUUCCAACAUGGCUGCUGCGGCCUCGGGAGAAUAAAUGGUGCCGAAUUGAC